GACAUGCAAUUCAAAAUCAAUCAGGAUUUCGCUAAAAAUUAUAACCGGUAUCGUCAAAAGGAGGAAUACGAGAAACUAAAGGCUAAACACGGUGAUGCUAAACUGAAGGAUAUUAAACUACCCAAGUUAACUGAUACUAAUUUCAAAGUGGACGAAAAUGUAACCGUUGCUUCAGUUUCAGAUAAUGAUGAUGAAACUACUUCUUCAAGUUCCUCAGACACUGAUGAUAGUUGGGAAGAAAAACAGCAAGAUGAUUUUUUGACUCUAUAUCAAGCAUUAUGUACAAAUGAUCCAUCCCUUAAUGAUCCUAAUAAACAAUGGUUUCGUGAACCUAGUGAAUCGGAUGAUGAAAGUUCAAAGUCCUCAGCUGAAAUUUCCGAGUCGGAAAUUAACAAAAAUAACAAUAAACAAAUGCAAAUAGAUGUCAAGACAGAAAAGAAACGCGUUUUGAAACUUCGGGAUUAUGAACGCGAAUUUCUUCUGGCUCAAGAUGGAUUGGAGGAUGAAACUGUUUCAAAGGAGGCUCAGAAAAUUGCUCAGAUGGAAAGUGAUGACGUUUUGAAAAAAAUGAAGACACAGUCGAUAAAUUUAUCAAAGGAACAAUUUAUACAAGAGGCAAAUGAAGCACUUAAUCAGGCGGCUGUAAUUUCAGAUCAAAUGAAGGACAAUAGUAACAGUGACAGUAAAAAUGAUGACUUAAAUUUUUUACGGAAGCGCAAAAUUGAAAUAGAACCACCCACUUCAAACAGAAAAAAGCGUGAAUCUCAUUAUGAUUUAGAUAAAAUAGUUUUUACUGAUUCAACUAACAAAGAAGCUGAAGAAUUUUUACGUGAUUAUAUUAUAAAUAAACGUUGGAUUGAACCUAAUUCACAACGAAGUAAUAAAAUUCCAACUUAUUCUGAUGUUCUACAAGAAUCCGGCUUAGAUAUAAAUGGGGAUAAACUGAAAAAUCUUUUAAAUGAUGAUGAUAUUCUUGAUGAAGACGAUGAAUUCCUUGUUAAAUUAAAUAACUUAGAACAGGGACGUUUACAGUCUUUAGGUGUUAAUACGGGUGUUACAAAACUACAUAAAACUGAGCAUCGUUUUGAAGAAGAAGAUAAAGAAUUUAUAAAAUCCUACCCUCGAAUUAUAGAAAAUAGUAUUGGUCAAACACUCUGUGUUAAAUCGAAACGAGCUGAACGGAGACAAGCUAAGAUUGAACGUAAGCGAAAAGAGAAACAAGCUAAACUUCAAGAAUUAACUCGCCUACGGAAUCUAAAAUUAAGUAUGCUAGCUGAAAAAAUUGAAAGAAUUAAACGUACUUGUGGUCCAGGAUCAUUAUUACUUGAUGCUAAUGAACUGAUUGAAUCACAGACUAAAGAAUAUAAUAGUAAUGAUAAUAAUAAGUUGAAAAAUUCAACCAAGGUAGAUGUCCUAGAUGUUGCUGAAUAUUUAGAUGAAGAUUGGGAUCCUGAAAAGCAUGAAAAGUUGUUGGACUCGAUGUUUGGAAAACAGUAUGAAGAAAUAGAUGAAGAGAUAAAAAAGCCAGAGUUUUCGGAUGAUAGUGAUCUAGAAGUGGAGCCUUCCGUAGAUGAUGGGCGCGAUUCACACAUGAAACAACAUGAGUCGGAAACAUCUAUUAAUAAUGAUUCUGGAGACAAUGUACCAUUAAAACACUCGAGCAAUUUGAAUUCUAAAUACCAACUAUCUACUGCAAAUAAUAAUAAGUCAAGGCGUGGAAAACGGAGACUUUAUGAAGCAUUAGAGAGAAGCAAACCCAUUUUCAAUCCUGAUGAUUAUCCAGACUAUGAGAAAUACUUUGAAGAAUUUUACCAGUUACAUUGUGAAGAUAUUAUACCCGGUCCUACUUCCAAUGAAGACCUUUACUGUCGUUUCAAAUAUCGUAAUGUUAUGCCAAAUGAUUUUGGCUUAAGUACAGAAGAAAUACUAAAAGCUGAUCCUAAAGAAUUGAAUGCAUGGGUGUCGUUAAAACGUAUCACAGCUUAUUUGUCACAUGAAGAAGAAAUGAAAGACCAAGAACUAUAUAGUUCUAAUUAUCAAAUAAAACGUAAAAUGAGUGUUUUAGGUUCAUUGAAUAAUCCAAACGCUACUUGGUAUCCUAAUGAAAGUCAAGAUAUUGAAAGGUUAGCUAAUUAUUGUGUUUAUGUGUUUGUGACUAAAUUAUUUCUUAACAUUUUGCACUGAUAUCAUGUAACUCAAUAUCAUCACGUAAAUAAUUCCAGCUUGUUAAAAAGAAUUUCCAAGAGUCUAAAAAGAUGAAAUGUAUAGGUAAUCAGCCGUUUAGUAAUAAUUAAUAACAAUGAUACUAAUCAUUUAUAUAACCACUACUGUAUACCACUUGAUCUCAUUUCUUUUUUCUGCCAUGGAAUAUAUUUGUUUUGUAUUUACUCUGUUAAUGUGUUGUUGUUUCUCUAUUCCAACAAAAAGAAUGCUUUUCUGAGAAGGCAUAAAUACUUAAACAUGAUAAAUAAUUUUCCUUAUUGAGUGAUACCAAACAAGUGGGCAGUGUGUACCUUAAUUUCCCCAUAAAAGAAUAACUGGAUUAUUCCUAUCCAUUAGUUUUGAGUUUGUCAGCAGUGUUCAUCCAUGAAAUUGCCGAAUCAGAAUGAGGUUUGUUAAGUUUCACAGGUAACAAGAUUUUGUUUACUAGGUAAGCCAUUAUCCAUUAUUCCACAAUAUUAUUUGUAAUAUAAAUGAAUUAACUUGGAGUUUUGAUAUUUAGAAGUGUAUAUUAACAAGUUUUGCGUAAAGGUUGGUUUUGUUAUUGUGAUUAAGCGUUUGUUUUGGAAUUUUACAAUAAAAUGGUGUCCGAGCUUUUGUUCAUGAAGGAAUUGGAGCUUUUUUGAUUUAACUUUUCUUAAAUUUUCAUCGUACGAAUUUAUUAUUAUCACUAUACAAGCUCAGGAUUUUUUUUAUCAUUAUACGUUCGUUGUUAUUGUAUAUAAGAAAGGUUUUUCAAAAUUUGUUAGUUUGAAGUUAAUUUGUAUCACGAACAAACGUUUAUUUCACUACUAUGUGAGACUAUUCAGCUAUAAUUUCCCUUUUAAUCUCGUACUUCAACUUGAGGACUUUUUGGCGAGUGAAACCGACUUCUUAUCGUAAUAAGUUUAUGGUAGGUAAAUAGUGGUCGAAAAAUAGAACAUUCGACCUGCGAAGUCAGUCUAACGUAAAAUGACGGCAGAUGUUCAUCUGUAACAUAAGAUUACGAUCAUGUUUUUUGACCUUUAAUACAAGGUACCUGAUUAGGAUCCGCGUCUAGUGGUUAAAAAUGUGAGACGUUAGGACUAGGAAUUAGAAUUGGGGGAUUUAUCACGAACUGACAUCAACUAUAAUCCCAAAACGCUACCUAGCCAAAUAGAUGAAUGAAUUUUACGCCAAAAUCUGAUUGGUUCGUCCAUUAAUUAUAGUCUCGCCAAAUAUCUGAUACGCAUCUCAGUCGGUCCUCAGAUAAAAUCCACCAAUUACACUGACUGACAACAACUAACCUUCUUCACUCACAUGUUUUCCAGACUUCUAUUAGGUCAGAAUGCACUUUUUUAAGUUUGGGCAAGAGAAUAUAGUAGCAGACAAACCUUCCACCAUUUAGUGUAACUCUGACACUCAUGAGUUUUCAUAAAUACAUAGUCAGACCAUAAUGGCUUCAAACAGAGAAGUAUAGCUUAUGCAUUAUCUAUUUACAAAUGAUCAAGAAUGGAAUAAAGAGUAAAUAAUGAGUUGAUAGUAAUUAAGGAACCAUGAAAUGUAGUCUUUGAGUCCAACUGAAGCUUACAAUACGGAGAGUAUGGGAAUUUUAUAAUCCUGUUACUCAAUAAUUAUACAAUAGAAAUACACAUAACGGUUGUAAAAUAGUUCCAAAAAUUAGCACCUUCUGAGAAUAUUCGUCCCACCAUAGCAAUCCACUAUUCCUUCAUUCUUAGUACCCUUCUUAACUGUUAGUAAGAGGCCAAACUUUUGCAUAUACUACAGCAUAAAUACUUUUGAAUUGUGUCAUUUGUAAAUUAGAAAGGUCAGAAUGAUUCGUUGUCAGUGUCAAGUUGUAUUCAGUAUAACAAUAAUAAAAUAAAUCGUGUUCUCACACAACGAAUCGAUGAGAUUGCAGGUUAUGGGCUACUCCAUGUGUCUAUAUCGGUUUAAUAUGUAAUUUGGCGGCCUUUCGUAUCUUUUAAUUGAUCUUCCCAGUUGAUGUGUUAAAGUAUCACCCGAUAUAUCCCCUUUAAAAUCAAGUUUUAGCAAAAGAGUUUUCUUGGUGACUAUGUUGGAGUUUGCCCUAUUUUUACAUUACAAUGCAUAUUUUUUGACGAAACUGUAUUGGUAGCCGUUAUUUUGUAGUGUAUUUUUUUAGUAUAUCUAUUUCACCAUCUACAUCAUUUUCAAAACAUAAUAGUCUGAAUCUAUGGCUGAAACAUCUGACUAGAUUUGUUUCGUAUUAAAAGAUAUAAAGUCAUGAAAACAAGUAUACUGACCAGUCUAUGUAUCUGUUAUUAUGGGCAGUGUCCGAAAUCUGAUACUGAUACACGUUGUGUUAUGCACUAACCUCCCAACUGACUACUUGAGGGAAAACACAAUAAUGCAUAGGAAAGUAUGUUGGGCUACCCAAUAAAAUGCACAAAUACUCAUUUAUAUAUAUACAACUCUGAACCUUAGGAAAUCAAUCAAUUUCUUAGCAUAUGAAACACCUAGGUCCUUCAGGUCACUGCUAGGCUACUUCUGAUGAGUCCACCCUAUCAGUAUCCUUUCUAAAUGGAUUCCUUUUUAUGGAAUCGUCUAUCUUUCUAGAAAGGAUAACAUUAAGGAAAGCUAAACUGUUAUCAUAAUCCUCCUCGCUAGUAAAUUUGAUAGCUGAAUGAAUUUUCUUGAUAUUGUUCAAUAUCUUUUGUUUAUUAAUACUGUAGUCACUCACGGUUAGCUUGUCAUCUAUAUAUCGACAAUAAUAACCUAGCUUAUUCGGAUAUCUUCCCCCAUUCUCCACUAUGUCUAGAAAAAUAUUAGCGAACACCGGACCUAGGGGAGAUCCCAUUACUACUCCAUAUAUUUGUCUAUAUCAUUUGUUAUUAUUCAUGAAGCAGAUAUCCCUUGCUCAUCUCAGCAAGAGCUCCUUCAUUUUAUUUUCUGUUAUUGGUAACUUGAAUUUCUUCACAUAUGUAGUUAAUGGUUUCUGUCAGUGGAAUAUUUGUAGGCAAAGAUAAAAUAGUUUUAUCUUUUAUCCUAUCGUCUACUGCGUAUACAAAGUUGAUUACAUCUUUAACUAUGUACCUAACCAAGUGUUGGUGUUGUGAUUCUAAUACGUUCACCAACCAUUUUGUUGUUGAACGGUAUGGUGAUUUUGAGAUAUCUAGAAUCGUGUUUAAAGGAACCACUGGUUUGAGAAACUUAUGUAAGCCACAGAGCAGAAGGUUCUAGUCCAUCAUAUGUAUACUGAAAAGUAUAUUGCUGUUGUUUUAGGUGUUUUAAUCCUAUAGUUAGUUGAUGAUCGAUCUUUCUAUUGAUCCAAGUUUUUGAAGUUUGGCCUGAUCAUUCAGAAGAAUAUUCACCUUGUAUAUAUAAGCAGUGUUGCUUAGAAUUACGGCGCCUAAUCCGUUAUUUGAUUUAGUGGGUUUUUUUUCUCGUCCGAUCUACAGUAGCGUAAACGCUGAAUAUAAGUUUGUAAUUCAUAAAACAAGAGAAAAUAUUCGUUUGUUUUCUCUGAAGUUACUAACUAGUCCUUAUUUGUGAUUUGUUUUCUUGUGAAUACUUUUGAUAUGAAAAGCUCUAAUGCUUAUCUGGGGUUUGAAAAAUGUAUUACUUUCAACCAUUUAUGACUUCCGUAUUUCCAUAAUUUUAAUAAAAUCAGUACAAACUAGUUAACAUUUCAAUGGAUUUCAUAUGCAGUUGUUUUAUUUAAAAUCAGUUCUUAAAUUUACGGUAAAAUACUAUGUUACCUUAUGAUUUUUGCUUUUUUAUAACACGGUCAUUUCAAUGUUUCAAGUAGUCGUUCUUGUAAGUUUUCAUUUAAAUUGCUUUCUGAUAAAAUUUUGUGAUUUUAUGAGGGGUUUCAUAGAACAUUAAUGUAACAUAAUCCUUUUGUUUUUAUUUACCAAUAUAAUUCAGUAGUAGUGGGUCAUCGAAAAAAAAGCGCAGACGUCAUAAAAGGAAAAAACGAUUCCAUUCAGAGGCUCAGGGAGCCAAACUUAGUGAUAAUGACAAUAAUAAUAGCAACAAUGUUAAUCCAAUAGAGCAAAAUGAAAACGAUACCAAAGAUUCAGAAAAGCGGAUGAAAUUAGGAAAAAAGAAAAAGAAGUAUGCUAAAGACUCGAACAAAUUAGACACAAAAGAUAUCUUUAAGUCCCGUCUUCAAGCAGCUGGUAUAACCUUGAAAGAAUAUCAUCGUACGAUGCGGCGAGAAAACAGUUGUAAAUCCGAAUGCAUUAAUAAAUAGAAUAUCUCUUGGUUUGAAAAUGGUUAUCUUCAACUUAUUUAAUUUUGUAUUCCUUGGCUAUAAAUGGGAAUCUAUGUAUGCGUCUUACUUCGUCGUUGCGAAGUUAAAGGAUUCUAUAACUGAUAUACUUCGCAAUAAUACAGUCAAAAAAGUAGACCUAUAGGUGAAUAUAAACAAGAACAAAGAGUGUGUGAAUAUGAUAUCGUUACGACGAUAUCAGCUUUUAGAUCACAUCUGAGGAUGUUACUUGAAUACUGAAAGUAGAUCCUGGCAAGAACUUGUCGACAUAGAAUGUUGGUACACG